UGGUCCGUCCUCCCCGAGUUUCCACCAGGGAGGUCCUCCGGGUCGGAGGCAGGACCCCGUCUCCCACUGAGACGGCCGUGCCCGAGAGACCGUGCGUGCGCGUGUGCGCGCGAGACCCUCUCCAACGUCCCCCCGGUAGAGAAAAACUGAAAGCAGAAAGAAAGGAAGCAAUUUCCGAGCAGAUGUCUGACCACCCCGACGCGUACGCUCCCAGCGUCGGGUUACAGGGUCCCGGGAGCCCCGACCCUGUUCAGCGGCCCCCACGCGAGCGAACCCCCCGCGCCUCCACAGCGGCUUCCGAGGGCCCCCGCGGCCGGGGAGGGCAGCGGGGACCGGCGAUCUAGGUGCCGAGAUUGUGGGCAGACUAUGUAAUCGCCGCGGAGGGGGAAGAGGAGGGAUCGGCGCUCUCCCGCGGCGGCGGCGGCGGCUCGGCUAGGCGGAGUUUCGCGGCGGCUGCGCCCGCGGGCGACGAGGUCGCUCCGUCCAGCCCGGAGUCCCCGAGGCGUCCCGGCAGCGAGCGCGAGAGCGCCCCGCUCUCCUCCUCCCCACCCCGUGCCGCCGCGGCAGCCCCCCGCCAGCAUGGAGAAGGACGGCCUGAGCCGCGCCGACCAGCAGUACGAGUGCGUGGCGGAGAUCGGCGAGGGCGCCUACGGGAAGGUGUUCAAGGCCCGCGACCUGAAGAACGGCGGCCGCUUCGUGGCUCUGAAGCGCGUGCGGGUGCAGACCGGCGAGGAGGGCAUGCCGCUCUCCACCAUCCGCGAGGUGGCGGUGCUGAGGCACCUGGAGACCUUCGAGCACCCCAACGUGGUCAGGUUGUUUGAUGUAUGCACAGUGUCACGGACAGACAGAGAAACAAAACUGACACUAGUGUUUGAGCAUGUUGAUCAAGACCUGACCACUUACUUGGAUAAAGUCCCAGAGCCUGGAGUACCCUCAGAAACCAUAAAGGAUAUGAUGUUCCAGCUUCUCCGAGGUCUGGACUUCCUUCACUCUCACCGAGUAGUGCAUCGCGAUCUGAAACCACAGAACAUUCUGGUCACCAGCAGUGGACAAAUAAAACUAGCUGACUUCGGCCUUGCCCGCAUCUAUAGUUUCCAGAUGGCCCUUACCUCGGUGGUCGUCACACUGUGGUACCGAGCCCCAGAAGUCCUCCUCCAGUCCAGCUAUGCCACCCCCGUGGACCUGUGGAGCGUCGGCUGCAUAUUCGCAGAAAUGUUUCGCAGAAAGCCCCUUUUUCGUGGAAGUUCAGAUGUGGACCAGCUAGGAAAAAUCUUGGAUGUGAUUGGACUCCCUGGAGAAGAAGACUGGCCUAGGGAUGUUGCCCUUCCCAGGCAGGCUUUUCAUUCCAAAUCUGCCCAACCCAUCGAGAAGUUUGUGACAGACAUUGACGAACUAGGCAAAGACCUACUUCUGAAAUGCUUGACAUUUAAUCCAGCUAAAAGAAUAUCCGCCUAUGGCGCUCUGAAUCACCCGUACUUCCAAGAUCUGGAUCGGUACAAGGACAGCCUGCAUUCCCACCUGUCAUCCAGCCAGAGCACCUCGGAGCUGAACACAGCCUGAGGUUCUCCAGGGAUGCCAUGAGCUAGUCAUCUGAACACACUGGUGGCUGACGGGUCCCCUGAGCAAGCCUUGCGGAGCCGUUGACGAUUGCUGGCUACAGGCCUUCCAGCUUCUGGACGGGUCCCUGCUUCACCAAGGAAACCACCUACUCUGCUGUUCAGAAAUCAAUGCAAGAGUGAUUGCAGCUUUAUGUUUGUUCACUUGUCUGUCUGUCUGUCUGUCUGUCUGUCUCAAGAACCUGGAAAACUUCCAGAAGAGAAGCUGCUGACCAAUUGUGCUGCCAUUUUGUUUUCUAACCUUGAAUGCUGCCAGUGUAGGGUGGUAAUCCAGACCCAACUGAGUUAUGGUGUAAUCUCCCUGUAGCUGCUGGAGCUGCUUUGGUACUUGUGAGUGUGUGUGAGAGAGAGAGAGAAAGAGAAAGAGAACCCUGAUCUCAUAAAGUGUUACUUUUUGUAGGUAAUAAGAAUAGUUGAAUUGUAGAGACUAGAGGUGACCGAUAGGAACAAAGGCCCUUUUAAGUGAAAGGUGAUACCGAUGGCAUCUUCUCUAGUUACAAAGGUGAACCUGUGUCCUCAGCAUUUCCUUCCUGCCCAAAAGCUUCUGCUAGCAAUAAACAGUACAGUUUUAGACACCACAAAAAAUGAGAACGCAAAGGGGAGAAACCCCAGUAUCUUUUAAGAGACUAUUUUUGAGCAUGCAUUCUUCUGUUUACUCUUUGGAAAGCUGAAUUUUACUUGUCCUAAAUCCUAUAUAUAGCACAGUACAUAAUUGUCUCUUUUGGGAAAGACCCUGUAAACAUUUUAUGACUUGCAGUAGAUUUAGGAGGUGAGUGUACCUCGAAUAGGUUUUAAAGAUAGAGAAAGACUCUAUUUUCUGGUUUGAAAUAUUAUUUCCUUUGCUUUCUUGUUAUUUUGUUCUUUGUUGUAGGGAGUGGCUUCCUGCUCGGGUUUGGAGCUGCUUCUGAACAGAGGCAAGAAUGCUACUCAUUCCUCUCCUCCUGCCCUGAACUGCCCACUGCACGUUUGCCACGUUCUGCCUUGUUAGCAGAGUGCCCCCCUUCUUGUCACCAGCAGACUCCUGCCAUUGCCUAACUAAUGACAGAUUGCCUGGCCCACCACCCCCAUACCCCACCCUCUGGCUGAAGGCUUUCCCUGAAUGCUUUGAAAAUGGCUUCCUUAUGGCAUACGGCUUCAAUUCUACAACCCUUAGCGGGAUGGCCUACACCUGCUUCGCACAGUCUUCCCAUCUACUGUCACUGAAGUACCUAGGCAGCGUAGAUGACUUGUUCUGUGUGUCACCAGCACAUAGAUUACUGUCAACUGUCACUUGGUGUUUUACAUUUUUGUAGGGUAUAUUGUCAGUGUAAUGUCUGAGGUGUGUCUUCUCCUUUUUAGAGGUAACUGUUUACCUUCUAAGGGGAUCUCUCUGACCAUCCCCAGGAUGUGUUUUUUUUUUUUUUUUUUUCCUCAUGCCUUGUGCACAGCCCUGCUUUCUGCAGAGCCAGCCUGGCCUGGGCAUUAUGAAAAACCGUACCUUGCUAUUCUGUCUUGGUCCUUUAUAUACUGUGCCAUCUUUGCCUUAUCCAUGGCAUCGUGCUAAAGCAGCACUAACUAAAAGUGUAGAAAGCAGCUUUGGGGAAGGUUAGCGGUGUUUUCACUCCUGUGUGAAGCACACGUAGCUGAAAACUAGAUCAUGUUUCAGUGUAGAACUUUGAAUGAACGGCUGCAGUUUCACACAGUAGGACAGACUUCAGGCGGUGUUUCUGUGUUAUGGAGCCUUACUGAAUUUUUAGGUGAAUAAAGCCUGUGAUUGUGUAGUAUGGAGGGGAGUUAGGUGCCUUUCCUGAGGGCUUGGGGGCGGGGGGGAGUCAUUCUUUCUUAAUAACGUUUAUUACAUUCUUCUGAUUCAGUAUCUUGGGAAACGGGAUUUUUGUUUUCAAAAGCAAGAUUUAAAAAAGAGAAAAGCUAGGGUGUGAGAAUGCUCAUCACUUCAUCAUUACAGCGCUAGGGUCUGUUGUCAGCACUGUCACGGCUUGAGACAGAAUCAGCCCAGAGCCUCUGCACCAAGGCCUACUCUAGGCCUCACACACACAGCGAGUUCUGCAUUGCCUUUGAGCAAGAUCCGAAAUACAGACUUUUUUGCUGGGGCCUAGAAAUCAAACACCAAACUCACUACAUAGUGGCCUACUCCAUGUUGGCAUCCGUGUAAUAAAGUUAAAAUAAUUUUGAGGGUUUUGCUUUCGCAGGAAAAAAAGGUUUUUUGAUUUUACUUUCACAGAAAAAAAAAAAAAAAAGGUUUUUGGUUUGUUGUCCCCCACCCCCAUAGCUUUGCUCAAGAAAAAUACAACUAUCCUAAACUGGAAUCUUUCUGUAUUCUUUAGAGUUUUUAAGUCUAGAAUUUAACUUCAUUUUUGUCAUGUGUUUUGGGAUUAUUUCUAAGUAGUUUUGUUUUGGGUUUUUUUUUGGGGGGUUGUUUUGUGUAUGUGUUCGUUGUUUUUUUUGUUUUAGUUUUUCAAGACAGGGUUUCUCUAUGCAUCCCUGGCUGUCCUGGAACUCACCCUGUAGACCAGGUUGGCCUCAAACUCAAGAGAUUCACCUGCCCCCGUCCCCCUUGUGCUUGGACUACAGGCAUGAGCGGUCACCACCCACCACCAGCACCUCCCCAGCUUUGAGUAGCAUUUUUAAAUCCCAAACAUUUUGGUGUUAGAAACCUGGCAUAUUGUGCCAGGAAGGUGCAGAAAGGGGACGCCGGCCUCUCAAGACUGUGGUUUCCCAUGUCUGUGUCUCAUCGCUGCUCUCCAGGUUUGCUUCCAGAGGCCCUGAUUUGAGUUGGAACAACCGCUUGUGGGGAGGGGGGGAGGCUUGUCCAAUUAGUCCCCACCAGCUCACAGACUCUCAUGUGGGGAGGAUUUCUAAGCUCCCAGCCUGAGAAACACAGUCCCUGAGCACCUGCAAGCACCCAGUGGGCCGGGGCCUCCCACACUGUCCCUCUUUAAAGAAGACAGGCACUCAAGCAUCAGAGGAACUGUUCCAUCAGCUUGGGGCCGCCUCUGCCCCCAGCUUCUCAGGACUUUCUCGAAGGACCCACUCACUGACCAGUCAGCUCGAUUUAGCCCCAGGUGAUGGGCUAAAAACAGCUCAGAAGCUCACUUCCAAACAGGCCCUCCACGUGGUCCUUUUGAGUGAAAAGUGACAAUUUUAGGAGAGGCUGUUGCUCUCUCAAAAGACUGUGCUCGCCUUUGAAUAGAGAGGUGUGCAGUUGACUCUGGGAUGGGCUGCUAGCCAACCUGUUUGAGAAAGUCAAUAGUAGCAAACUUUGUGAACUUUUAAGUAUGUCCUGAACUUGUUUCUUUUAAAUAACCAUAGCUGCUUCUCUCAAAAGCCGUCAUUACUAAAGUCAGUUGCAGUCACUCUCACCAUGGCAGUUAAGUCAUGUAAGCUUUCUAACGUCAUAGUUGUAGUACGUCAUAGUUGUAGUACGUCUUCUGUCCAAAGAACUGCUCUUCUAGAGAGAACCUGACUUUUUUUCCUUCCCCCUCUGUGUAGCCCUGACAGUCCUGGAACUCACUCUGUAGACCAGGCUGGCCUUGAACUCACAGAGAUCCACCUGCUAGGACUAAAGGCAUGCACCACCAUGACCAGCUGACUACAGCUGGCUAUUUUUUAUAAGCACAGGAGUGGGUUCACCUCUUCUUAAAGCACACUUCCGUUGCAUAGUAGGGUCCAGGAGAGAACCACAUUCUAAGUCCCCAGGCCACCGUGCCUGCUUGUGUUAGCGCAUAUUGAUGGCCCUCGGAAGAAGGCAUGCUUCAAAUCAUGACAGGAAAAGAAAAAUGUUGUAUGAUUUCUGAGUAUUUAAAAAUCAUAAAAGAGUAGGAACAAACAAUAUCCAACGGUCCUUUUAAAUUUUAUAUGCAUUUUUAAUGAUAUGCUUUUGCCUUUCAGAGUAUUCUAGGGAAAAAAAUUUUAAAAGUCAUUCAGCACUUAUGGACUGGUUAUGUCAAAAUACACAAAUUUUGUGGAGAUGCAUAGAAUCAUGAGUAUCCCCUUCCUCGUCUCAUGAGAAGAAAGCAGCUAAACUCAGUAUGUAUACAUGCCCAAGAAUAUUCACUGUAAAAAGUAAAAAUUUUAAAGGCACUUGCCUCUCAUGCUGAGAAUGCAAAUCUUACAAGCCUUCUCGAAAAACCCUUUAUCCUGUGCACCCUUACAUCUAUAAAAGAUACACACCGCAUCAUUAGGAAGGUGUUCAUGCACAGUGGGAAAGCCUUAUGUUACUGAAGCGUGAUGCAGACUUGGUAAUGUGGUCCCUCAAAUGCAUAAGGACAUAACGCCAUCAGCCCCUACCAGCCUCCUUUCUGUGCGGGAGGUCAGUGUAGUCACCCAGGCCAAGCUGGCGUCCCCAGCCUAGGCCUGCGCAUCUCAAGCGUGUCUAACCUGGUUUUGGUUUUGUUGUUGGAUUUUUAAGGAAAUAAGCCAGAACUGUUCUUUUGCCCUCCUGUCUCCUGAAAGAGGGGGACUCUGUUUUUAGCUGUUUUUUCUGAAUUUGCUCUUUUGAAUUUCUCUAAUCAAGUUGCCUUUUCUGGAUGUUUUCUGCAAGCUCGUGGACUUCGCCAGGAUAGUCACAGCUCUGUGGUCUGGCUCUCUGGCCCCUAAGGAAAAAAAAAGCCGCCUGAGUAUAAAUGCAGUCUUUUCCUCAAGCUUCUACCAAAAUAUUAUUACAGCAGUUCCAGGUUAAAGUGGUGGGGAAGGAAGGUAGUGUCGAGUUGGUUUGGUUUGGGGCAGAAGUGCCCCAGGGUCUGUGUGAGGUUCUGCUGUUGUUGUAUCCCGUAGCUUUCACAAGGUGGCGCUUUCAGAGAAAACUUUGAUCGAGUUUUAACUCUGACCAAGGCUGAAGAGGUUCUCUAUAGAGACAUUACUUCUGUUUUUCUGCACAUCUUCAACUGUCUCCUGUUUCUUCAUCAUGUUUCUUGGGAUAAUUAACAGUCUUCAUAAUAGUUUACUGCUUAUAUACAUACUGCUUUUUACUAGGCUCUGAGUGACUGUAAACCAUGCUUGAGAGUGGCAUUUAAGCAAAUAAAGAAUGCCUUUACACUUGAGGAACACUUUUGGUGUGCCCAAAUUACCUGCAGUUCUAGGACACACAGGCACUUCCCUGACCAGCCCCCAUCUAUGAACAGGAGAGGUUUAGGGCCCCAGCCAGAACUCUCUCUCACACCCCGUGUCUGCUGCUUUCAUUCCUUGAUCCCUUGUGACCUUUUGACGAGGAUUUAUCUCCAAACUCAAGUGAACAAGCUAAGUAGUGCAUCAGUAAUCAAGUAUGCAGAGCAUUUUCUUUAAAAACUGCAGUGCUCUGCAAAUCAUGAAAGAACCAGUAGAUCAUGAAAGAACCAGUAGUGUUUACACUCACACAAACCACAAAUGGAAACUCUUAAAUUAUAACUCCUAAAUUUGGGGUUUAUCUGUAUGAACACAACACCUUAGAAAGGAAUCUUCAUAAGGCUUUGGUUUUUUUCACUCUCAAAGUCAGGUUUAUACUACAUUUUGAACUCACUUUUUUUCCCCCCUCAGAGACCCAUUCCUCUGAGCAGUGCAGGGGGGAUGAACAGUGUUUCAGUUUCUGAGGUGCGCGCGCACACACACAUACACACACACACACACCACCUGCCUGACCUCACUCCAGAAUGACAGGCAGGCAGGCAAGUUUCAAGUUAUUGACACUGAAUCCAAUGGCUACGCUAACCAGGAGCUGUCAAGGCCCUCAGCUAGCUUCAGCUCCUUUCAGCACCCCGCUCUCACUGAAUCACAGAUCUCAGGUUAAGCCCUUCAGCAAAAGGCGGAGUCCUCCCACACCCCCACUCCCACCCCCCUAUCCCAGGUCUACUCUCUGCCAUCAGGAGCUCAGAACCCGAGCCAGGCCCAGCGGGAUGCUGUGGGAAAGCCAGAGCCCUGCUGUAUUCAGCACCUUCUGUUGUGCCCUCUCCGGAAGCAGGGUGCUCUAGAGGCACGCGGCUGUCCCCCAAGUGACAAUAACUACACACAGUUUGCUCACUGGCUCUGGUGUGCACAGGAUGGAAGCUGCCCUGCAAACUGCCAGAUGUCUCACACUCAAAGUUGUUUUGGUUUUUCGUUUUGUUUUGGUCUUGGCUUUGUUUGCAUUUUUUAAAGAUGUAUACUUGCAGAGGAAGUUUUUAUUCUUCUGUUUUCUAUCCUGAUACCUAUGUGGUGGGAAAAAAAAUACUCAAUGAAAAUGCUUCAUUUUGAAAAUUGUUUCUGCUUCAAAUGGCAAAAGUAUACAAUUCUUCACUUUCUAAAUUUCUACUUUUCUUUAGUGAGUCAAUUAUUCCUUGAACAGAAAGAGGAUUUUCCUUGAACAGAAAGAAGGCUUUUACGUGAAUUGUUAGGCCACACAAAUAAUGCCAUUAGACUGUCACAUGUAGGGUUUUGGUUUUGGCUCUUAAGGGGGCACUUUGACUGCCAGGAAUUAUGUCUAGCCCUGUAAUUUCUAACUCAGGCAAGGUUCUGGCCAGAUUCUGGUUGUGAGCUAAAGUUAGGGGGACCCUAUACCCCUACUUGAAGUUUUCUUUAGUUCUAUGAAAUACAAUAACAUGUAUUAGCCAGCAAUGUUUCUGUGGUCACUAGCAUCUCUGAGUUUGACCUUAAGUCUCUGAAUGAUAAAGUAUAGAUCCUACCAGUAAUCCAUUUCUUGAUAUCCCGACCCCCAAUCAUGUGUCUUUCCACUUUCCACUAUAUGUAACAAUGCAUUCAUGUCUAUUUCAGUGCUUACUUUUAUUCAUUAUUUGCCUAUGAACAGUAAUCGAUGUAUUACUACAUGGAAUUGAUAGCAUACUAGGAACAGCACUUAGCAAAUGGGGAAUUUUUUUUGUCAAGUUCCACAUUUACAUAAAUUAUUGCUAUUAUUAUUCAUGUAUGUUAUUUAUUGAUAUACCACACCAGUCCUGUGAAAGUGCAACUAAAGGCAGAUAUGACUUAGAGUUAAUGUUCAUUAUCAUGGUCUUGAUGGAGUCCAGGAAACAGAAAUUACAGUGCUACCCCAAAUAAGCUGUGUAAGCUUUUAACAUGAUAACUAGAUUUCAGUUGGUUAGGUGUAGUGCUUUGGGUGUUUAGGUGUCUGCUAGGUUUUAGGUUUCUGCUAAAAGAGGCAAAGCAAUGGGAUUUGUAGCUGUUGAUUAAUUUUAGCAGAUGCUAAGGUAGCAUGCAGAGCUUGCUUUAGUUUCAGGACUGCCAGGUGGCCACCCAGGCAAAGCAGACAUGUAGGUGCUGCCUCCUGUCUGGUUCUGGGAGAAGAGCUUCAAGCAAUGUAGUGCCCUCGUAGGUGUCCUAUGGAGCAGUGGAAGCGAGUGGUGCUGUGGUGAAGGGAGCAGUGUGCAGGCUGUUCUGUGGGCACGGAACUGGCGGCUUCUGCCUUGAGGCUUCCUCGCCGUGUUUUCAGAUGUCAGGCAACUGUGCUGUAUACGGAAGCAGCCCGUCCUAGUAAUGAAAACUGGGAAUCCCCCAUCACCCUAAAGCCAGUUGCAUUUCUGCUGUCUCUGGUCUGAGCUGAAGGUCAGUGGUCAAGUGUUUCGUGUAGAAGGGCAGUGUGUGUAUUGGGGCGCAGAGCCACGUCCCAGAGUGCAUGUUGGCAGUAGGGACUAUGACAGGGUUGUCCUUUCUAGAUGUGUAGAAGUAUGUUUUGACUCUGAGGUGUGUUUUGUUUCUGUUUCCCCAUAGGGGCUAGUUAAAACUUGCUUCUAGAAGCUUCAGCAAAGCUGUGGUCCACAGUAAGCUGCUUUUUGUUUGACUUAUCCUUAGAAUAGAAAAUAUUUAAAGGUGAAAAGAAAUCUUCAUUUGACAUUGGACUAGUGGUUUUCCGGACUGAAGUCGCAGUCCUAGAACUGCAGAGGUCACACCCAUCACAUACUAAGAGAGGUUGUGUAAGCCAGCCCCAGGAGUCCAGUGUCCCCUCGCCGUACAGCCCACCCCUGCACCCCUCCGUCCCUCCCUUCCCAAAGGUGCUCCCUGACACUAGCCUGGCCUGGCCUGUUGGUGCUCCCCACCUCCUCGGCUGAGAUUUGGGCAUCAAGCACGUGAUGAGAAAUGCUUCCAGCACCAAGCAUGCUUGCCUAGGCCUGGCCACCGCCCCCACUUUGCCUUUGGCUGGCCAUAUUCAUCAAGAGAUAAUCUGAUGCUGGGCACAGAAUGUACUGGUGAUGUCAGAAAGAAACGCCCUCUAGCAUAUUUCUGUGCAUCCUGAUCUUUAAACCCAGUCAUUAUGCAGAAUGUUACCUGUUGGCUGUAAUCCCGGGUUUAAAACAACAACAUUCCAGGCUGCUGUAUCUGUCCAUCUGCAGGCCCAGCUUUUACUGUGUCUCUCAUACUUGAAAGUCAUUCUGCUAUUUUGAUUUCACGGUGCAGACAUCGGGGUGCAUGUUCCCUCAAGGUGCAAAAUUACUCUCGUUCCGUUUGCUCAUACUGCUACAAAAUGCUCUGUUUUGGUGCUUUGGGCUCAGCAGGUCAAAAGCAGCACUGUGGGAAAUGGCUGCCUUCACACAGUCGUCAAAGCGUGUGGGCAGGAGUCUCGGUGGUGGUGUUGCUUCUGCUCUUCUCUGUGCCCGCUAGAUGGAGUUAUCAGUCUAGCCUGCCAGGUCCACUCGGGACCUUUCUCUGAAUGGUCUGUGAACCCUGUGCUGUACUCAAGAGUGAGUGUGGCAUGUCCGCUCUGGCAGCCCUACCUAUCCGGGUUCCCAGCCGUCAGGAAAACCACCUCGGUGCUUAUAGCAGACAAGAGUGGAUAGGCCGCUAUCUCUAAGGUCGCCCUUCAAAGCCCUGAGCUGAAGGUUUUUGUUCCCUUCCCUUGAAGCAGAUACUGGUCAGUUUAUCCAAGCCCUUCCCACUUACAGAAAUAGGAGAGUAGAGGCAUGUGCUGUGUCUGUGUCAUCCAAAGACCAAAACUUCUAGCAGUGGGGUAUAGAAGUCCGUUUUUAAAACUAGCUCAGGUAAGGGCUGACUCCAGGCUUUCUGCCAACAUCUUAACAUGACCUUCCCUGGAGAGAGAAAGCUACAGUGUCAUUUUGUGUCAGGGGGCGGGAGAUGAAACUGGCAGGAAAUUAAAUGGGUUACAGAUCAAUACUCCUAUGGAAACUGGAUGUCUUACUGGGUGCUAGAAUGCAAAUUUAGGUAUUUAUUGUCAGGUAAUGGAAUUCAUUGCUUUUUCAAAACCAUUGUUCAAAUGUCACUAUCCAUUGUACUCAACUUGUGUGCCUGCCAAAUUGGUUGAAACAAAACCAGAAAAUGGUUUGUUCAUUUGUCAUACCUUUUGUAUUUCUUACAAUAAAAAUGUGGUAGCAGAUAAAAA